UUAUGUUGGAUCAUGACAGGACCCAAGAACCUGGAAUCCCGAACCAACCACAUCAGAGCAACAUGGGCCAAGCGCUGUAACAAAGUGUUGUACAUGAGCUCCACCAAGACUGACUUCCCCACUGUGGAGCUGAAUGUGAGUGAGGGGAGGGAAAACCUGUACUGGAAGACCAUCCGAGCCUUUCAGUACAUCUAUCAGAACCACCUGGAUGAAGCAGAUUGGUUCCUGAAAGCAGACGAUGAUACCUUCAUAGUCAUAGAGAAUCUCCGCUACACCUUGUCCAAAUAUGAUCCAGAGAAGCCAUUGUACGUGGGCAGAAGGUUUAGCCCUUUCAUCGCUCAAGGCUACAUGAGUGGAGGAGCAGGUUAUGUACUCAGUAAGGAAGCAGUGAGAAGAUUUAACAAAGGGUUCCAGACUGGGGAAUGUACCCACUAUUCCACACUAGAGGACGUCGCUAUGGGAAAAUGUAUGGAGACAAUGAAGGUGGAGGCAGCAGACUCCAGAGACGUGAAGGGGAGACAAGUAUUUCAUCCUUACCCUCCA